UCUUAAGACAUUUUGUCGGUCGUUCAGGACUUCGAUCUCGCUCUCCUCGUAGGAUCGGCUUCUCACACUUAUAAGCACGAUGGCUAAUGAGAAUACUCAUGCACCACCUCCGAGAACCUCCGGUAUAUCUCAACGCGAGUUCACGGAAGACAUCUGGCGCGUGGUUGCGAAUCUCAAAACAUCUCCUGAACAAGCAGGUAACCUCACCUCGAACCCGAUGUCCAUGGUGGAGGACCAUUAUUCCGAAGACGACUGGAUGCGUGCCGUAUAUGCAAACGAAACCAUUGUCGGCUUCCUGAUAAUGGCGCUCUGGCCUCCCACUGACGGCUACUAUAUUUGGCGCUUGAUGAUUGAUCAGAAGUACCAAGGUCAAGGGUUCGAGAAGCAAGUCGUAGAGUUGGCGAUACAGCAUGUGAAGUCGACAUAUCCGAGGGCUGUGAGAGUGGGCGUCAUGUCCACACCGGACGAAGGAGCGGCAGACAAAAAAGUUUUGGCAGGAGACUCGCCCUAUCACUUCUACACGCAAACAGACCGCAGAGCCUGAUGAAGAAGGGGAAGUCAUGAUGGAGAUCAAGCUGUAAAGGAACAAAAAGUUGGGGCAAAGAUUAUUGUAUAUGGUAGUUGAUGAAUGGAUCCGGGGAAGACCAG